CAUUGCAUCGAUUGUCAUUCUCCCAUAAGCAUCCUGCGACCUGCAAGGAAACAGGUUUUGCUCACUUUUUCCUCUCAACCAAGGCCUGCACCAUCGGCGCGACACAUCACACCAACUCCAGUCAUUCUUAGUACUAAGCAAUGGAUCCCCCGAAGUCGAAAACGACAAUUCGAAUCGCCACCAAUCUAGGUCCCGCGAGCCAAUUUGCGAACUCGCCCAUGACCGUUAUCGAGCUAAAGGGCCGGACAAAUCAUGAAAAGGGCGAACACUAUCUACAAUUAUCGCUGGCAGCCCUGAGAGAGCUGGCUGACUUGUUGGAAGACGAUCGCCUCUCAGCAAAUGAUAAAGCUACCUACAAUCGAGCUUACAGCUCUAGUAGGGAUCGAUAUGACGAAGUGAAAAGGAUUCGAGAUCAACUUUUGGCGCAGAAGAAAUCCUUUCGCAAGUUCCUUGUUAACCUUUUCGUCCGCGAGUCGGAUGCCCGCCGCUUCUAUAAAGUUUCAUACGACAAUUAUUCGACCAUCAGAACAACUUCGGAUGAGCUGCACAGGCGAUUACUGCCGGACAAGAAUGUUAUCCUUGCAUCAGUCAACUCCGAGGAGUCCACACAAUGUCAUGCCUCUGUUUGCGAGGAGGGUCCGCGUGAUGUGGUAGAAGGUACGCAUCAUCGCCGGAUUUAAUGACAAGGCACUAAGCAUCCCCUUGCUUAAAGACAAUAUUUUGGGUUG